CAGGGCGUCACGUGAUGUCCGCUGUCCGCCGGCCGCGGAGCCCGGAGAUGUGACGAAGGAGGCGCGUGACGAAGGAGCGGUUGGCCGACGCCGCGGCUGCCGUCCGUGUAAACAAGGCUUCGCGCCGCUGCGGGUCCUGCGACCACUCCUGGCUGGAUUGAGAAAGGUUUGUGUCCCUGCAGCCUUGGGAGUUGUUACAGGCUAAGGAGAAGGGAUCUCGGUCCCUAGAAAGGGUCGCCCUCCUAGAGAUAGCUACCCAUGUAUCUCAGGAGACUUUGGUAUUUCUAGAGCAGGCUUUGCUUUCACUAAACCCAAGGCGGUGACAGGAGGAGUCCCUGCACAGGACUUAAGGAUGCUGUGACCAGAAGAUGGGAUCACGGAACAGCAGCAGCGCAGGAACUGGGUCCGGAGACCCCCCUGAGGGCUUGCCCCGAAGAGGGGCUGGCCUGCGUAGGAGUGAGGAAGAGGAAGAGGAGGAUGAAGAUGUGGAUCUGGCCCAGGUACUGGCCUAUCUCCUACGCAGAGGCCAAGUGAGGUUGGUGCAGGGAGGAGGUGCAGCAAAUUUACAACUCAUCCAGGCCCUCUCGGACUCGGAGGAAGAGCAUGACAGUGCCUGGGACGGUCGUCUUGGAGACCGAUACAACCCACCCGUAGAUGCAACCCCCGACACCCGGGAGCUGGAAUGCAAUGAGAUCAAGACACAAGUGGAAUUGGCCACAGGGCGGCUAGGACUUAGGCGGAUGGCCCGGGAGCACAGCUUUCCUCAAAUGCUGCACCAGAGAGAACGGGGCCUCUGCCACCGGGGAAGCUUCUCCCUUGGAGAACGAUCUCGAGUGAUGUCUCACUUCUUGCCCAACGAUCUGGCCUUCACUGAUACCUACUCUCAGAAGGCUUUCUGUGGCAUCUACAGCAAAGAUGGUCAAAUCUUCAUGUCUGCUUGCCAAGACCAGACAAUCCGACUGUAUGACUGCCGGUAUGGCCGCUUUCGUAAAUUCAAGAGCAUCAAGGCCCGGGAUGUAGGCUGGAGCGUCUUGGAUGUGGCCUUCACCCCUGAUGGGAACCAUUUCCUUUACUCCAGCUGGUCUGAUUAUAUUCAUAUCUGCAACAUCUACGGGGAGGGAGACACACACACUGCCCUGGAUCUAAGGCCAGAUGAGAGACGCUUUGCUGUCUUCUCCAUCGCUGUCUCUUCAGAUGGACGAGAAGUCCUCGGAGGGGCCAAUGAUGGCUGCCUGUAUGUCUUUGAUCGAGAACAGAACCGGCGUACCCUUCAGAUUGAGUCCCAUGAGGAUGAUGUGAACGCAGUGGCCUUUGCUGACAUAAGCUCCCAAAUCCUGUUCUCUGGUGGUGACGACGCCAUCUGCAAAGUGUGGGAUCGACGCACUAUGCGGGAGGAUGACCCCAAGCCCGUGGGCGCACUGGCUGGACACCAGGACGGCAUCACCUUCAUUGACAGCAAGGGUGAUGCCCGGUAUCUCAUCUCCAACUCCAAGGACCAGACCAUCAAGCUCUGGGAUAUACGGCGCUUUUCUAGCCGGGAAGGCAUGGAAGCCUCGCGCCAGGCUGCCACACAGCAAAACUGGGACUACCGCUGGCAGCAGGUGCCCAAAAAAGCCUGGCGGAAGCUGAAGCUCCCAGGGGACAGUUCCUUGAUGACCUACCGGGGCCACGGGGUGCUGCACACCCUCAUCCGCUGCCGAUUCUCCCCCGCCCAUAGCACCGGCCAGCAGUUCAUCUACAGUGGCUGCUCCACCGGCAAAGUGGUCGUGUACAACCUCCUGAGUGGCCACAUCGUGAAGAAGCUGACCAACCACAAGGCCUGUGUGCGUGACGUCAGCUGGCACCCCUUUGAGGAGAAGAUUGUUAGCAGUUCGUGGGAUGGCCACCUGCGUCUGUGGCAGUACCGCCAGGCUGAGUACUUCCAGGAUGACAUGCCAGAGUCUGAGGAACACCCUAGCACCCCUGCCUCAGUGCCCCACCCCUCUGCAGCCUUUUCCUCGCCCCAGUAGAUCUGACCUCCAGCCCCAUUCAUGGGUAGGGACAUGGAGAUGUGCAGAGGUCAGGCACUAUGGAGCAGACCCAUGGUGUGGGCAGUAGGGGAGCUUGAGUUCACAUGCUGCUCAAUUCCCCAUUAUCUCUAAGGCAGUUUUCAAACCAGGAUACACACCUCCAGGGGGUUUUAAAGACACUGCAUAGGGUUAAAAGAUGUACCCAUUUUAACAGUGAAACAGGUCAUUUUAAAAGAAUAGUCCAGAUGCCCAGCCUCCAUGUGCUCUCUUUCCUUCAGCUGAUCUACCUGUGUGACACUGUCAGGCCAGAUCUCCUUCCCCACCAGCCCUUUUCUUCACCCUAGAGAUGCCACCCAUCUUACCCAGAACUGUAUUACCUCCAGGGUGCCAAAGGUAAAGGCAAAUUAAAAUUAUUAGUGUCCUCAAAGCCUCAUUUAAUUAAGGCCCCAAGGACCAACUGUUCUUCUCAUUAAGAGAUGUAUUUCCAAUACAAUUUUAGUUUAUUAUUAAUUAUCAAACUGUGUGAAAUGUUUGUUGUACUAAUUAUACAUUUUGUACUAUUAACAAUUUUAAAAUUUGUACUACUAACAAUAUAUGAAAAUUCAAUCUGGAAGAGAAAAAAUUUCACUUUUAGGGCUUUAUGAUCACAGGAAAUGUGUAAAAAUUGUUUCAGAUUUGUAUAUUUUUUGCAGAGAAGUAUAAUCAAUAAAAGACUUUCAGGCAUAAAAA